AUGGACGAGUUACGUCCCGAGACGCUCCGAAGCAUAACGGCUCUUCUAAACCAAGACUUGGACUACUUGCUUGGGCAAAAACAAAGGGUAGAGAUUGAGAAUUUAAAAAGCGAGCUACGCGUCGCUCAAGAAGCGCUCGCAUUUAAAAAUGAGUUGUUGAAGCGCCAAGAUGAAGAGAUUCAGAGGUUAAGGCGGCACCUCGAGCAGUCCACGACUCCCUUGUCGUUGCCCUUGCCGUUGCCUUUAUCGCUGUCGCCCAGCAAGCCAUCGCUCGCUAUACACACCGUCGACGAGGUCAAGGACGCACGGAAAGCACGAUCCGUGAUUGACGAAAUUCAUUUUGCACCUACCCAGUAUAGCGAUACGGAAGAAGAAGGCGCUUCGAUCUUUUGUGUUUCGUCCCCAGUGAAAGCUGAAGAUCCAGGUGAAUCAGGCUUUGCAAAGCCUCGUCGCUGGCCAACUAAUGCCAGUCCCAAACGCAAGCUAUCGCCGACGAGGGUGAAGCUCAGCCCAAAAAACAAAAAAAUCCCAAGGCUAGCCGGAGUGGAGCCGAAUUUAUGCACAGUCAAGUUGGAGGAACUUGGCGAGCUUGAAAGUGCACUACUUAGUAAACUGAGGGAGUUGAGGGAGCGAGAUAAAGUCAAAAAUAUCAAGAAUGAGUUUUUUGACGAGGUUGAAGUGAUUGGCGACUCCCAGGAAAAAGAUGGAAAAGGCUCGCCUGUGUUGGGUUCGGGUUCCCUGCCGUCGCUACCGAGACUAGCGCCAAUUUCAAUUUCAAUUCCAGGCCAUUUGAGUACCAUCAUCCAACGUCGCCAGUACCUCAACGAGGUCUAUGCGGAAAAGUUCAAGUGUGACCCCGAUUUCAAAAUCAACUUGACGGAGCACCCGAUCAAGCUAAUCGGGUGGGAUUUCACUGAUUUCGUCAAGAAUGCAAAUUACAAACCGGGGGAGUUGACGCAACUCAUCCAGAGAAACAAUAUCAUGAGUGAAAAGAAGUUCAACGACUACAAGAACUUCUACAAAGUUGGGGAGAAUGUGCUGUUUGAAGAUAAGGUUCUGCAAAUAUUCGACAAGUUUGAAUCGCCCCCGGGACUCAUGAAGCUGGACUUUCCUGAUACGCAGGAGUUGCAGGAGAGAAGAAACAUUAUCAAGGAACGCCAGGCUAGACGGAUCGAGCGGCGGAUUGAGAGCUGUGUUGUGGUUGAAGAUGGAAAACAAAUUGGCGAGCACGUUUUCAACUUGGAGAUAUUAAACAAGUAUGUAGUGCUGAAUCGAUGGUAUAAAGAGCAAUAG